UUUAAGAAGGACCGCGACGACCGCAGGCGUCCUGGGGCCGUGCUGGGCUUGACUCCACCUGACUUUCUCUUAGCGCCACCCCUCUCCGCCUCCCAGUCUCCUCGCUCUCCACUCGUGCGCCGCUACCGCGCACGAUCAGCUCCCUAGCGGCGGGAGGAGGAACAGACUCAGGGGGUGGAGAAAGUAGGGGUAAGCCAGUGGAAGCACGCCCCUCGGGAACCCGGGAAACCCCGGCCGCCUCCGGAGGACCUGCCACCGCCCUCUCAGGACUGAGGCUUCCCGUGUGUCCCCAGCUGUGCGGCGCUAGCGCGGCGGCCAGGAUGGAGGUGCCUCUCUGCAGCCGAGCGCUGGACUCGCCGCUGGACAGCGGCUCCCUGGCCUCCCUGGAGUCCAGUGUCUUCUGCAGCGAGGGCGAAGGGGAGCCCCUGGCUCUCGGGGACUGCUUUACUGUCAACGUGGGCGGCAGUCGCUUCGUGCUCUCGCAGCAGGCGCUGUCCUGCUUCCCGCACACGCGCCUCGGCAAGCUGGCGGUGGUGGUGGCUUCCUACCGCCGCCCUGGGGCACUGGCCGCCGUGCCCAGUCCUCUGGAGCUCUGCGAUGACGCUAACCCGGUGGACAACGAGUACUUUUUCGACCGCAGCUCGCAGGCGUUCCGCUAUGUCCUGCACUAUUACCGCACGGGCCGCCUGCACGUCAUGGAGCAGCUGUGCGCGCUCUCCUUUCUUCAGGAGAUCCAGUACUGGGGCAUCGACGAGCUCAACAUCGACUCCUGCUGCAGGGACAGAUACUUCAGAAGAAAGGAGCUGAGUGAAACUUUAGACUUCAAGAAGGACGCAGAAGACCAGGAGAGUCAACACGAGAGUGAGCAGGACUUCUCACAAGGCCCUUGCCCCACUGUCCGACAGAAGCUCUGGAAUAUCCUGGAGAAACCUGGGUCUUCCACAGCUGCCCGAAUCUUUGGGGUCAUCUCCAUCAUCUUCGUUGCGGUGUCCAUUGUCAACAUGGCUCUGAUGUCAGCUGAGUUAAGCUGGCUGGACCUGCAGCUUCUGGAGAUCCUGGAGUAUGUGUGCAUCAGCUGGUUCACCGGGGAGUUUGUCCUGCGCUUCCUCUGCGUGCGGGACAGAUGCCGCUUCCUGAGAAAGGUGCCAAACAUCAUAGACCUCCUCGCCAUCUUGCCCUUCUACAUCACUCUCCUGGUGGAAAGCCUGAGUGGGAGCCAGACCACACAGGAGCUGGAAAAUGUGGGCCGCAUAGUCCAGGUUUUGAGACUGCUCAGGGCUCUGCGCAUGCUCAAGCUGGGCAGACAUUCUACAGGUUUGCGCUCUCUUGGGAUGACCAUCACCCAGUGUUACGAGGAAGUCGGCCUGCUGCUCCUAUUUCUGUCUGUGGGAAUUUCCAUAUUUUCAACCGUUGAAUACUUUGCUGAGCAAAGUAUUCCAGACACAACAUUCACAAGUGUCCCUUGUGCAUGGUGGUGGGCCACAACAUCUAUGACUACCGUGGGCUAUGGGGACAUUAGACCAGACACCACCACAGGCAAAAUUGUGGCCUUCAUGUGUAUAUUAUCUGGGAUCCUUGUCUUGGCCUUGCCAAUUGCUAUUAUUAACGAUCGCUUCUCUGCUUGCUACUUCACCUUGAAACUCAAGGAGGCAGCUGUUAGACAGCGUGAAGCUCUGAAGAAGCUCACCAAGAAUAUAGCCACUGACUCAUACAUCAGCGUGAAUUUAAGAGAUGUCUAUGCCCGUAGUAUCAUGGAGAUGCUUCGAUUAAAAGGCAGAGAAAGAGCAAGCACUAGGAGCAGUGGGGGAGAUGAUUUCUGGUUUUGAAUUCAUUUUCAAUUUAUUUACAAAGCUGUGUACAUUUCACUGGUAACACCGUGAUAUGAAUGUCUGUAUCCUUAUGAUGAAUCUCUUUGGAGCACUACUCGUCUUAAUUUUUGCUAAUACGUUGGUUGGUAUACGAGAAUACUUCACAUCCCCUAUAAUAAUUUACACUGUUUUGGUACAGUUGAGUCUCAAAAAUAGCUAACGAUUGUAACCAAAUACAAUUGGACUAAUAUAAACAUGUUUGAAUUGUCAAAUAUGAAAUAAUACCAUUGAAAUACAUACAAAGUUUUACGUAUCAUAAAUUUUAGAAGUUGUUUGCACUACAAUUUUUUUAAAAAGUAGGAGUUAAGCUGCCUAUCCCAGACAAAAGAUAAGUGAACAUUUAAGAACACAUUGAACAACUUUGCUAUUUAAAGAUAUUCUCCAAGUACACAAAUUACCCCUUUCUCUAUCAGUUAAAGAUGCCGAAUAUAACAAUUAGCUUUGCGAGAAAACCCUUAUUUGAUGGUCAGAGACUGUGUCCCUGUCUUGUUUCUGGUGCAAAGUACUGGUCACAAAUGAACUGGGCUCUGCAUCCCAUCAUUACUAUUGGAGGUGAGAAGCCCCAAACGGCUUAGACUGCAGUGGAUGCGUCUGCACAGAUUUCAAAACUAAACGUCUUUAUUUUUCCUGCUGAGUGUCAUAUGAGGAGUAUAAAGCAGAAUAUUUCUUAGAACUUUGCAAAAAUAAGAUGUUGUUUCAAAUGUCUCUUUAUGGAUGUUAUUGCUCAAGUUAUGUCUUUAAAGUCAUGAACAUGUAGAAGUGAAGUAGUCAACACUUUAAAGUUAUACCCAGAAAUCAUUAAAGAAUCUCGUUUCAUAAAAUAAGAAUGAUAUGUUGAAUGACAUCACUGGAUGAACUUGAAGAACUUUUAUUUGUUAACAAAAAAAAUAUUAUGGACAGCUUUCUGACUGUUGGGAUAAACAGCAAAUGUUCAAACUUUGCAGGCAUUUUGACAGCAUUUUGACGUUCAUAUUAAUUAUAAAAUUCCUACACAUUCUGUUAUAUAAUUAAAGCCAAAAGCUCUAAAGCU